AUGCUUCUCCAACCACCCUCUUCCACUGGUCUUACUGUAACUGCCACAUCAUCCCCUUCCUACACUCCCAGAGCUGACCCAAACUUCUGGUACACCAUGGUAUUGUGUGGAGUCACUGUGUUUACUGGGCUACUAGUUGUACUUUGCCAAUUCAAGCUCAUCAUUUUUAUGGUCCCUGGUAGGAAGGUGGGGGUGCAGUACCAGAGCGCUGGUAGUGAGGUGAACCUGAAUCCUAUUGUACCUGGGCGGUUCCUUUUCCCAUUCCCAGUGUACCAUAUCUGGACAAUCAUGGAACUUGAGCGUCAAGCAGGAUUAGAAGCACCUACUUAUGAACUAGAUGUAACUGCUUUUUAUAGGAGUGCCAACCGCCCUGCACUUCCUACCCCCGCUCUUCCUACCCCCGCUCUUCCUACCCCCGCUCUUCCACCCCUUCUUCCACAUGCCUGUGUUACUAGAGCCCCUAGAAGUGCCCAACUUCCUGCUAGAUCAAUCCCAACAUUCUUCCACUGCUUCCAACCUCAAAACAUCCAGACCCAGAGAGCUACAGAUAUGGAAGGCCUAGACUACAACCCAGAUGAAGGCAAGAGCGGAUCAGAGCAAGCUUUGGAGCAUAGCGAAGAAGCCGGAGAGAAACACAAAGCGAUAGAAGCUAGCACGGAUACACCUCUGAAUUACAAGGAGCUAGCCGAGUUAGCAUCUUCUCAUCGUAGGGAGUUUCAGCGCUACGGAAAGCUAGACAACAUUGAGAAGGCUAUAGAAUAUGACGACCAGGCUCUAUCAUUGAUUCCUUACGAUGAUUCUGCCAUAGCAGGUCAACUUGCUAAGCUUGGGGUAGACUACAGUGAACGAUUCAAGCGCACGGGUGACAUGAACGACCUCGCAAAGUCAAUGGAGUACAAGUCUCGUGCGGUUGAGCUGACCCCCAACAAUCACCCACACCUACCGCAACAGCUUGCUAAUCUAGGAGUGGACUACAAUGAUCGAUUCCAGCGCACGGGCGACAUGAACGACCUCGCAAAGUCAAUGGAGUACUUCUCUUGUGCGGUCGAGCUGACCCCUGACAAUCACCCACACCUACCGCAACGGCUUGCUAUUCUAGGAGUGGGCUACAGUGAUCGAUUCAAGCGCACGGGCGACAUGAACGACCUCGCAAAGUCAAUUGAGUACUUCUCUUGUGCGGUCGAGCUGACCCCCGACAGUCACCCGCACCUACCGCAACAGCUUGCUAAUCUAGGAGUGGACUACAAUGAUCGAUUCCAGCGCACGGGUGACAUGAACGACCUCGCAAAGUCAAUGGAGUACUCGUCUCGUGCGGUUGAGCUGACCCCCGACAAUCACCCACACCUACCGCAACGGCUUGCUAUUCUAGGAGUGGGCUACAGUGAUCGAUUCAAGCGCACGGGCGACAUGAACGACCUCGCAAAGUCAAUUGAGUACUUCUCUUGUGCGGUCGAGCUGACCCCCGACAGUCACCCGCACCUACCGCAACAGCUUGCUAAUCUAGGAGUGGACUACAAUGAUCGAUUCAAGCGCACAGGCGACAUGAACAACCUUGCAAAGUCAAUGGAGUACAAAUCUCGUGCGGUCGAGCUGACCCCCGACAAUCACCCACACCUACCGCAACGGUUUGCUAGUCUAGGAUCAAUUGAGUACUUCUCUCGUGCGGUCGAGCUGACCCCCAACAAUCACCCACACCUACCGCAACGGCUUGCUAGUCUAGGAGUGGACUACAGUGAUCGAUUCAAGCACACGGGCGAUAUGAACGACCUUGCAAAGUCAAUGGAGUACUCGUCUCGUGCGGUCAAGCUGACCCCCGACGAUCACCCACACCUACCGCAACGGCUUGCUAUUCUAGGAGUGGACUACAGUGAUCGAUUCAAGCGCACGGGCGACAUGAGCGACCUUGCAAAGUCAAUGGAGUACAAGUCUCGUGCGGUUGAGCUGACCCCCGACAAUCACCCACACCUACCGCAACGGCUUGCUAGUCUAGGAGUGGGCUACAGUGAUCGAUUCCAGCGCACGGGCGACAUGAACGACCUCGCAAAGUCAAUGGAGUACAAGUCUCGUGCGGUCGCACUGACCUCAGAUGACCACCCAGAUCUGUCUCGACACCACUUCAGCUUAUCACUCUCUUAUUUUACCCAUUAUGACCAUACUAGCUAUAAACCCUCCUUAUCCAGCGCCAUGCUUUCUCUUCGCACAGCUGCCCAGCUAUUAGCUGGACCGCCACAAAACAGGUUCAUGUAUGCGCUUGAAUGGGCACAGCGCGCUGCAAAACAUAACCCCGAUGAUUGCAUGGAAGCAUAUAGAACUGCAGUCAAUCUUCUGCCCCAGUUCAUAUGGCUGGGUGCACCUACAGACCAGCAGUACCAGGACCUACUGAUGGCCGAGGAUCUAGCUGUCAACGCAGCAUCGACUGCGAUCCUCUCCUCCGCAUUCGAUGUCGCUCUUGAGUGGCUAGAGCAUGCACGGUGUGUGGUCUGGAGCCAGAGCCUUGCGCUUCGCUCGCCUCUUGACCGCCUUCACAAAUCCCACCCGGACAUAGCUACUCAGCUUCACACGAUAUCAAACGCCUUGCAUCAGACUGAUACUGAGUCUUCCGCAUCUCGUAAGCUCACGCCCGAGCUCAAGACAUCGAUUGACCGGCACGACUUAGCUAUAAGCUAUAAUCGCUUAUUGACUCAGAUCCGCACUUUGGACGGGUUCGAGGACUUUCUUCUGCCCAUGAGGUCGGUUCGGCUCAUUGAUGCUGCCCGGAGCGGGCCCGUGAUUGUGAUCAACUGCAGCGAACGCUGCUGUGACGCACUUGUCAUCAUUCCCGGCCAAGUUACUAUCAGCCACGUCCAUCUUCCUAACUUCACAAAGAAGAAGGCUCAAGAAGCUCGUGACAAGAUGGAAGCGUCACUUUGGAACAAGAACCUUCGCGAGCGUGGGGUCAGACUCAUACCAGUGCCAGGAUACAAAGAUGGGUUUGCCAGCGUGCUACUUGAUCUCUGGACCGACAUCGUCAAGCCAGUGUUGGACUUUCUUGGGUAUAUGGAAAGCGUGCCAGAGAGCGGCUCGGACUUGCCACAUGUCACCUGGUGUCCCACCGGCGUACUAUCCUUCUUGCCACUGCAUGCUGCUGGUGACUAUGGUCAGCCUGGAUGCAGACAGCGCCCUCGAGUGCUGGCAAUCGGUCAAGCAAACACACCCAAGCACACCCUACCUGGCACGACUACCGAGCUCGAGCUCAUCAAAGCGCAUACACAAAGCAAGGGCGAGUACUCGCAGCUCAUAGAUAGCCAGGCGACGACAGCCGCCGUGCUCGAUGCUAUGGAUGAGCAUGACUGGGUGCAUCUUGCCUGCCAUGCUCAUCAGAACGUCAUAAACGCUACCAAGAGCGGGUUCUUCCUACACGACGGCACACUCGAUCUGCUGCGAUCAACCGACGGCGACCAUAAGCUGCCGGACGAAGCGAUACACCUUGCGUCGGGCAUGCUGAUGGCUGGGUAUCCGAGCCAGACAGAGUAUAUGGGAGCUGAUGAAGGAAGGAAAGGUGGGGAAUGGAGAGGCGGGUCGGCGCUGCACAGUGCUGUCGCUGCGCUGCGUGAGAAGGUGGGAGAGGAGGAGUUUGGCGAUGGGCAUGCUAUAUCAUAUUGGAUCGUAGGAUGA